UAAAUGGUUGGUCAGUCUUGAGCAGCUUACAAUGUACAAAAUAGUAAAAACCUAACCCUUGUUUUUCAACUGCCUAGAUAUGAAGACUUUCUUCUCUUUCAUCAUCUUCUGCUUUCUGCUCCUGUUUGUGCAUCUCAGCCAUGCAAGAAAAGAACCAGGGGAGUACUGGAGAAGUGUGAUGAAAGAUGAACCAAUGCCCGAAGCAAUCAAAGGGCUAAUACAUGAAGAUCCGAAAGGUUCGGCCAUGGAUUCCGGCAAGAAAAUGAAACAGCUCGUCAGAGAUUUCGACAGUCGGCAUAGCCUUAUAAUAUACCACAACAGCCCCGAGUCUAAGCAACAGGACAAGACAUAUGCCAAGAAAUCUGAUAUAAAGAACUAGACAGAACAAGUAUUUGUCUGAUCCAGCUGGUAGUCUGCUUGGUUGUUGUGAUUAGAAUUUUAGAGCAAUCGAAAACACUAGCUGUUUCUAUGUGGGACUAAA